CAUUACAUUUUCUCUCUCUAAAACUCUAAGAAUUACAAGGAUAACCUGAGCAAUUGAUGUAAAUUUAGUAAACCGCUUUUGUUAGUAUUAAUCGACAUACAAAAGAAAUACAAGCACGUAUGUUGUACUUAACUUAACCUCAAUAUACAUAUGAUGUAGGUGGUCUACUAAUGAAAGUGACAGAAAUAAAGGUGUCCUAAGACGUCUACAUUUUAACCGGUGUAAUCAACGUGAAUAUUUUUAGUUUCAUCCUAUUCAGUUGUAUUUAACUUGAAGAUGUGUUCAGACGGUGAGACAACGGUGGAAUAUGAGCUCGAGAGGCAAUCCUAUAAGGACCUCCCUCAAUAUUUGUGUGCGUGGGGGAUUCACAAAACAGUCCUAGAAGGGGAUUUUGAAAGCUUAAAACUACGGAUUGAAUCGGGAGAGUACGUAAACAAAAGAUUACCGCCUAACAAAUUUUCCAUUCUACAUUUGGCAGUCAUAAAAAACAAUACGGAUAUAUUGGAUUUCUUGUUGGUCAAGGAAGGUGUAGAAGUGGACGCCAGGUCCUCUGAAGACAAAACGCCCCUUUACCUAGCGACCGCGUUGGGGUAUACCGAAUCGGUGGAGAAAUUGAUCCGAGCUGGUGCCGACGUAAAUAUCUGUACCCCUCGACAAAACCCCGUUUUACACAUAUCGGUGCAGCGUCCGGACAUCUGCCACCUCCUUAUACGGCACGGAGCUCGAAUCGACGCCGUUGAUUCCUGGGGCUGGACGUUAUUGCACGAAGCCGUAUUUCGCGAGUGCCUGGAAGUGGUGCACAUGCUGCUGUAUUACAACGUCGAUGUCAAUGUUCCCGACGUAUUUGGGUGUACUCCUUUCAUGAAGGCGCUCGAACUCCGUAAACCCGGCGUCCAGGAGGCUCUGUUAGAGUACGUGGACGACUUCGACAGAGCUAACUGUAAUACCAUGUUAUUCGGUUCGACUCUGAGUUUUGCCCUGCUCGGUAACUCGCCGUUUAUUAAGGAUAUAAUAGAGCGGGGCGCUGACGUCAAUUACGGUAACGAUCCGGAAGUCAGUUAUAGCGACGGUGCGUUCCUUGCCUGUUUACGUAACCCCGUUGAUUUGUCUGCAUUUAAGUUGGUGUGGGAGAGACUACGUCCCAACGGAACUGAUUCGGUCAAUUUGGUUCAUUUUUUGGACAUUGUUGAGGUGGAGCUGGCUUUUCUCCAAGUUAUAAUCGAUAGCGAUAACUUCCAACUCGCCGUAGACUGUUUGUCCAGACGAAGAAACUACAGCUUGUUCGUCUAUCAGUUUGCCGAAAGAAAAUUCAAACUUGAACAACUAACCGCUCUGACGUGUCGUUUGUUGCAGUACGGGUUCCGUGCGACCAGCCACAACAUUCACACGGUUUUCUCUAACUACGGGUAUUGCGAACUAUUUAGAAUACUGCUCUACAUGGAUAACGAUUUUACACUAGGUUGGCUGCCUCAUGCAGCCCUUACAAGGUUAAUGUUUGAUAUCGACUUUAAUUUAGAGAGCGUCGCCAACAGAGUGAGCGAUAUUCCUGCGAAGGACGUGGUGCGGUUGUUAGAGUAUUCCAUUUGCCCUCGCUUAAUCGAUGCCCUAACGUUAAAAUAUAGCAAUGACAAAGGUAUGAGCGUUUUUUUGGGUGGGUUGCCGAGAGUGCCCUCGUUGGUCGAAUUGGCUCGGAAUGCGGCCAGGAAACACAUCUGGCAAGCGUUUAAGAUCUCGAACAACUGCCAGUUUUACACCACAAUCGACCACUUGGACGUGUCAACUUUGUGCAAGCACAUUUUAACGUUUAGAAAAAGGAUAUGCAGGGUCCAAAGUCCACUUCUAAUGAGGAAUGUUGUAUAGUGUUACUCGUUUAAUGUUGGAAAUUUUGAGGGGUUUUUGUGAGGGGGAUAUUAACCUUAACAAAUAUCUAAUUCGUAAAAUAUGUAUUUCCCAACAGUUCUAUGUGUUGAUACUUUUAUCUCAAAUUAUUUAUUACCAGUAAUUGUUUAGGUCUC